ACUUUCUCUGUACUUUUUCUAUACGUCCAUUAUCAAGCCUUCCUUUCUUUGUCAAUAUAACAUCAAAACUAGUACAGUAAAAAUAGUUCAAAAACACUGAAUAAACAGAGAAAAUCAAAAUCAAACAAAACCCAUUUGAUUUGAUCCCAACCCAAAAUUCCCAUACCCAAGAUUAUGAACCCAUUGUAUGAAUCAAGAACAGAGACACUAAUAUCCCCAAACAAUCAAAAUCCCACCAUAAGAACUGCAAGGUUUUUAAAACCCAUUGCAAGAAAUCUUGACAAUGUUUCAGAAAUCCCCAAAACCCCAUUUGUUUCAGACAUUUUUUCUGUUCAAAACCUUCAAAAAUGGCCUUUAAUGGUGUUUUUUACUGGUUGGAACCCACCUCAGAAAAAUUGGGUAGGAUGGUUUAACAGGCUAGUCAUACAUCAUGCUACUACUUGGAUUAAAGCUGGUAUAUAUGAUGGGAUUUUAGCUUCUUUACAUGAAAUUCCAUGCAAUAAAGGUUUAGUCUUCGGAGUUAGUGAAUUUUGGUGUUCAAAGACUAAUACUUUCAUAUUUCCAUGGGGUGAAGCCACAAUUACCCUUGAAGAUGUUAUGAUUCUUGGUGGGUUUCCUGUAAUUGGAGGGUCUAUAAACAAACCCAUUGAAGAAAAUGAUGAUAAAUUUGUGAUUGAGUUGAAAAGAGUAAGAACUGAACUUUCUGAAGAAAAUUUGAAGAACAAUGGAAGAAAUGAAGUUACCCAUUUAGCUUGGCUUGAUCAUUUUAUGGAUGAAGAAGAAGAAGGAGAGAUUGAAAAUAAAGAAGGUGAAUUUGAACAUGUUGCUUUUCUUUCUUUAUGGCUUUCUAGAUUUGUUUUUCCUGAUCUUAAUGAAGGUAUAAUUGAUGAUUUUGUUUUUCCAAUUGCAACCCAUUUAUCUAAAGGCACCCCAAUUGAAAUUGCACAAUCUGUUCUUGCAAAUCUUUAUCAUGAAUUGACAUUAUUGACCCAAAAUGUAAUUGCCCCCCCUUUAGAUUGUAAGCAUUAUACUUGUGGUUUGUUCAAGAUUGUUCAGCUUUGGGUUUGUGAAAGAUUCCCUGAAUUUGGUGCAAAAUUGGCUAAAACCCUAGAAAUUGGUGAUCCUAGGGUUGUUAAAUGGGAAAAUGUGAACUUUGAGUAUAGUCUUUCAUUAGUUAGAUCAAGACUAAAAGUGGGUGAGAAUUUUCAAUGGCGCCCAUAUGCUAGUUAUUUGAAGAAAUGGGAACAAAUACAAUGGCCAUUUUAUGAUGAAUUAGAUCAGAUAGUCUCCGAUUAUGCAGAUUUAGAUGAUCCUUUGUUGUCGUUUUGUCGGUUUUUGUACACUUGUGAGUUAAAUGGACAUGAAAUGAAGUAUAAGGAGAUGUAUCAGCCACAUAGGGUAGCAAUGCAGUUUGGGUAUGAUCAAGAUCUUCCAGGACAAUUCAUAGUUCCUGCUUUUGAUUGUGAUAAAGUAGGUUUUUACAUACCUUCUAGAAGUUUCUGUUCUAGGAUUUCUGUAUCUUACUAUAAUUGGUGGAAGAACUAUAUGUUAUACCAUGAAGAAGUAGUGAAUGAUUACUUUUGGCCAAAGAGAGGCAAGUGUAUCAGUGAAAGUUCGGUUGAAAGGCAGCUUAUGCUCGAAACGAAUGCUUCGAGUGAUCGAGACAAUGUGCCAUUGGCUUUACGAGUUCGACAGGGUUCAAGGAAGCCUAUUGAAAUCAAGACUAAAGGAUGUCGGGUCAAAUCUGAUUCGGUUGGCAUAGAUCGGAUGCCGUUAGAUUUGAGACGGGUUUCGAACGUUGAAGAAAAUGUGGCUUAUGAUUCUCUUGACAUAGAUCAUAUGCCAUUAGCUUUAAGACAUGAAACAAAUGGUUUGAAAAAAGCAAGACUUAAACCACCAGAUAGGUAUUAUUCUACUGAGAAUGUAGGGAAGAGCCAGACUGAAGGGUUUGUUGUACUAUUGUCAGAUUCUAACAGUCACUUUUCUGUGCAAGAAAGUAGUGUAGGAAAGACUAGUACUGAUCCCGAAAGAGAUGUUAAGGAUAGUAUUAGUAGAUUGUCGAGCAAAAAGCUAUUAGCUAGUUUGGCAAGGAUUGAGAAAGACCUUGCGGUUCUCAAGACUAGAGUGAUAUAUGAUUGAUGUUUUCUCGAUACUACUCUGUUUCUGUGAAUUUGCAUCAUUGUACAAACGAGGCUUUUUUAAGGGACAGAGGGAGUAUUAGUCUAAUUGAUUCUUGUUUGUUUGUAAGACUAGAGAAGAAAACCUUUGUAUUGAAUGAAGAGUAGUUUUAGUACUUUUAGGUUCAUCUUCUUAUUGUGAGGAGGUUGUGUAGGUUGUUAGAAUCAUGCAAAGGAGAAUAGGUAUAAUAAUAGUAUGAGUCUAUGGCGAUAUAUUGAAGGCGAUGUGGGUGACUUUUACUUGAGCAAGGUCUGAGGGGUGCGGAUGCACAGAACUUUAAUCUUGUAAUAAUAUAGAGGUUGUUUCGUCUUUGAAUGCAAAUAAUAUCUACUAAUGAUUUAACAUGUCAUUUUUAUUAUAUUUCAUUAUAAUUCGAAACUAAAAAGCCUUAAAAGGCUCUGGAUCACUGUUGUGCAUGA